AUGAGUACUCUGUCAUAUGUCACAACCGCAGGAAGCAGAAGAAAGAGAAAGAAUGCAGUUGAUAUGAAUUUAAAAGAAGUUGUCGAUUCUGGACCUCGAGGCAAGGGAAGACCUUCAAAGGGCGGUGCUGCGCUUCGUGCUAAAAGAUACUAUGUGAAGAAUCAUCUCAUGGUGUUGGAAAAGAGAAAACUCAAGCGUUAUAUUGUCAAAGUACGGAAGUACAUUGAUGAUUACAAGUGUGAUUCAUCCUGCAUUAUGGCUAAACUUAAGGGUCUUUGCGAAGUUCACAUCCGACGCCAUUUCCAAGGGCUGAAAGAAUCCCACUUGCUGUACUUUAUCAAUUUAUCCAGAGAAGAUCAGUAUCUGGCCUUUUUGAACGUGGAGGGACAGUUAUUUACGGACAGCAUAUACAAGGAUCCAACCGAUAUACCUCAACCAAACGAGCUUCAGCAGUUGCAAGCAAAAAUCAUGCAGAAGCAUUCCAUGCUCUUGUUCCAGUUCUGUACGCUGCUCUCAGCUUAUUUGCUUGCACAUCAUGUAGAGAAGUUACUACAGGACACGACAUUUGAAACCAGUGAAGCAAGAUUCGAAAAAAUGAAGUCUGAUUGUCUUGCAUUAUACGUUGUACGUUACGAUCACAUCAUCGCUACGUAUAAAGACGACGAAGAUCAGAAUCAGGAAGAGGAGGAUGAACAGAACGAGAGCCCUGAAGGGACUGAAGAGAACGGAAUCCUUGAAGAGGCUGAGAAGAAUCAACCCCCCAAGGAGAAUGAACAGAGUAAUGAGGAAACCAAACAACAAGAUGAAGAGACUGAGCAGCAAGAAGAAAGGCUUGAAAAGCAAGGUAAAGGCUGUGCAAAAUGGACAGAUGUAAACGAGAUUCCAAAGGAAGAACUGCAAGAGGGAGGUUUCGAAAGCAGCUCAAACGAAGAACCAGCGGCAAAGAAGCUGAAGACAGAUCAUUAA